UCGGUAGAGGAGGGGGCGGCUUUCAGGAUUGUGGCGGACCUGGGUCUUGGCCUCACUGAGCCGACUUAGUUUAACAAGAAAGUGAGGAGACGCCUUCGCGGCCGAGAUACAGGUUCCCCACUUAGGCUCUCGGAGGCGGAAUCUUGCGCACGGGGGGACGGACAGCUUUCCCACCCGAAAGGCGGGAAGGCAAAAGCAUCGGUGGGACCAACUGGGGGUCUCCGAAAAGGUAGCAAGCAGCAAGGCGUGCGGGGGGCGUGGGACGAAGGGAAGCCCGAGGUUCGGUUCGGGAGCUACGAAGCGUGGAGAGGAAGAGGGUAUCGCGGGGAGCGUGUUCCAAAGGAGUGAGGGGCUGAAGAGGGACAGUCGGACACGGUUCCGAUCAACAAUGACUCGCCCUGAAAGAGAGGAAAAACAAGGUGGGAAAAAGUGUUGGGAAACUGGGAAGGAGACAGCGAGGCGGGUGGGCGGGGGGGGGGAGGAUUCUGCGCAAGCCAAUGGGUGACGCUAGGCCGGAUGACGUCGCGGCCAAUGGCCAGGCAGCGCGGGACUUUCAAUUCUCGCCCCGCCCAAUCGGGAAAAGCCUGUGCCUAUAAAGACUGCCGCCGCGGGCCGGCCCCCGUUAGUCUCCCUGUCGCUGCGCUGGUAAGUUCGUGUUGGCUGGGCAUGGCCCGUACUAAGCAGACCGCCCGCAAGUCGACCGGCGGCAAGGCCCCGCGGAAGCAGCUGGCCACCAAGGCGGCCCGCAAGAGCGCGCCGGCCACGGGCGGCGUGAAGAAGCCGCACCGCUACCGGCCGGGCACCGUGGCCCUGCGGGAGAUCCGGCGCUACCAGAAGUCCACCGAGCUGCUGAUCCGCAAGCUGCCGUUCCAGCGGCUGGUGCGCGAGAUCGCGCAGGACUUCAAGACGGACCUUCGCUUCCAGAGCUCGGCCGUGAUGGCGCUGCAGGAGGCGAGCGAGGCCUACCUGGUGGGGCUGUUCGAAGACACCAACCUGUGCGCCAUCCACGCCAAGCGGGUGACCAUCAUGCCCAAGGACAUCCAGUUGGCCCGCCGCAUCCGCGGGGAGCGGGCUUAAAGGGCGCCCGCUCGGCUCGA